AUGUCUGUCUUUGUUGACUACGAUCGACAAACUUUGACUCUCAGGAUCCACGGAGACUUCUCCCUCUCUUGCAGCCGCUUCCUUCUCUUUCUUCUUCGGGAAAUUGCCCGAAGCUCCGAAGCGAAGUUCAGUCAUAAAGGAAGGAGUUUAAGAACCAGGGAAGACAAACGGGGAGGAAUCAAGGUAAGGAGAAGGUCCAUCUUCAGGAGUAGGUUUUCUUGCAUCAACUACGGGAAAGUCAAUAGUUGCAGGAGCAGUAGAAGACACUUUAAACCUUUACUCUCCCGGUAUGUCCCCGACAUAAGCUCCAUUCCUUUGAACCAAGGUCUAAAGUUUGUGCCCACAUGGAAAUCUGUUCCAAGUGCCUCAUGGUAUAACAAGUUGCUAAAAAGAUCGGCUGAUGACAACGGCGAACCUUUAAGGCAGCGAAACAAGCUCCGGUUUAAAGAAACAUUCGAAGGCGAAGGUAUUGAAGGCCUCAUAAAACUUGAAAUAAGGCUCUUGUGCGUCGACCAUCUUACGAGGGGCAGUGAUUCUAAUGUCAGUCAUUCAUUAUCUGAAUCAGAAUACGCUGCUUGGCUCUUUGCCCGACUAGGCUCUUUUCCUUCUGCCUGUACUUUGAAUUAUGCCGUUUUUCAGUCGUCCAAUGGAUUUGUCAGAUGGGGCGCCAACCUAUAA